UGCACGUCGCGUGCGAUCCCGGAAGCGGCGGCGAGGCGCGAUGGCGGUGGUGGCUGGCUGGGCCCCGGGCGAGCCGGGCCUCGAGUGGGAUUCUCUUCUCUUCAGUGAAAUUGGUGAUUUGAUUGAACAAGAUGACCUUCAGCUGGACGUGGAGAAUGACACAUAUGAAAACAACCUUUGUGACCUAGACUUCGAUUUAGACCUGACGUCUUGGGAUUCAGAUCCAUGGGAUGUUUUAAAGCAGACCCCAGCAGGUGCUAACUGCAAAGCAGAGCCCCUCUCACCUGCCACGUCAACAGAUUCGGUUCCUUCUCCCUUGUCUGUGGAUUCCCCAGUACAGCAUGUACCUGAAGACACAGAGUUGGGCUCCAGUUCCCAGCCAUCUCCUGUUUCUUUGUAUGGCAAGAGCUCUCCAACUCCCUCCCCGCUGGUAGAACAGAAGGAGAGGAAGCCCCCAUGCAAAACUGUACAGCACUCUGCAAAUGGUCCUUCCGCGGCCCUGAGCCGAUGCAACACGCUGCCGCCCAAGCCGUCGAUUCAGCCCAAGCCGCUGCUGCCUGCUUUCCGGGAGACCCCGCCGGGCCUCAGCGUGCAGGCCAAGGCCAUUGUCUUUCCAGCUCUUCCCACUCUCCUGAUGCUGCCCAAGCAGUCUCCAGUUGUGGCCAUCCAGCCAGCGCCUCCUAAAGGUCAGCCAGUGAUGCUUUCCCAGUCCGCUGUGGUGCAUCUGCAAACACCUGGAAUUCUUCCUGCCACCGCCCCGGCCAUUGCCGUCACUGGGAGGGUCACACCCCUGCCAGGCCAUACUGUUAGUGUCCUGCCCCAGACGGCAGGAAAGAGUUUGGCCACUGGAAACUUAGCCGAGCUGAAGCCUGUUCUUCAAGCUGCUUCCCCGGUUGGCAGCCUGGACGUAAAUGUUCUAAAGCGGCAGCAACGCAUGAUAAAAAACCGGGAGUCGGCCUGUCAGUCACGGAGGAAGAAGAAGGAGUACAUGUUGAGCUUGGAGGCCAGGCUUCAGUCAGCCCUCUUGGAGAACGAUCACCUCAAACGGGAGAAUGGGUCCCUGAAGAGGCGGCUGGACGAGCUGGCAGAGGAGAACCAGAACCUCAAAGGUUCCCCUCCGAAGCGGCGAGCUCUCUGCGUAAUGGUGUUGCUGGCCUUUGUGAUGCUGAACUACGACAGGCUCAGUGGGUUUGAGUGGGGCUCCAUUUCUGCAGAGCCGAAUGGCAGCCCAGCUUACCAGAACAGACACCUCCUCGAGUUCUCUGCCAGGGCACCUCAAGGAACAGACGGCAGGAGUAGCGACAGGGUCAAGCAUGCAGUCUCGGAUAACAAAGCACUGAUGGUAGUUACUGAAGAGCCGAUCAUAUACAUCUCUCCCCCACCUUGCCAGCCUCUGAUCAACCGGACAGAGUCACUCAGGUUGAGUCAUGAGCUUCGAGGCUGGGUCCAUAGGCACGAAGCGGAAAGAACAAGAUCAAGGAGGAUGUCGCAUCAGCAGCAGCCAAAAGCUCCGGUCAUCCAGAACCCUUCAGGAGAAAAGGGAAAUUCUGGCCUUAUUCCCCUUCCCUACACAGACAACAGCGUUGGCAGGAACUCGGGGAGCGAGCUGCAAGUUUAUUAUGCUUCACCACGGAAUUACCAAGAUUUCUUUGAAGCGAUCCGCCGAAGAGGAGAUACGUUUUAUGUUGUAUCGUUUCGUAGGGAUCACCUGUUACUCCCUGCUACCACCCAUAAUAAGACCAGGCGGCCAAAGAUGUCCAUUGUGCUGCCGGCAAUAAACAUCAGUGAAAAAAUAAUUAAUGGCCAAGACUACGAAGUCAUGAUGCAGAUUGACUGCGAAGUGAUGGACACCAGAAUCUUGCACAUCAAAAGCUCCACCGUCCCGCCCUACCUCCGGGAUCCCCCGGGGAACCAGACCACUUCCUUCUACGGCGCCCCUCCGGCUGUCCCAGACGCGGCUCCUGCCAUGCGGACGAUCACGGAGUCGCCUCAGUAGGCUCCUCGGUCGGACUUAGCGCCGUCUCCCGGAAGGGCAGUGUGGUCUGGCUGCACUCUUCGGGGUUUGCCACGGCAGGGUCCAGCCUCAUGCCAGAGCUCGCUGGAUCACCGGAUCCUGGAUCUUCCUUAGGCGGAGCGUCAUUCUGGCUGCCCUCAGUCCCAAGGGGAAAGGAACCUGCCCCUCCCCCCUGCCUCUGCUGCCCUGCACCAGUUUUCCUGCUUCGUUAGUGGCCGUUGUUCCACCAUCGGUGCAGAGUGCUUGAAACCGGGGUUUCCCGGCGUGCUUGUGGCGGAUUCCGUACCAGGAUCUUCUGUCACACGCUUGGGCCGCCAGCCGUCAGGGCGUGCCCUGCGGCUGCUGCCCAGGCCAUGCACUUUUGGCGAUGGGUUUUUUGUUUGGGUGGCGUUGCCUGUCUCCAUCCUUCAGAGGCACAACGCUGCUGCUGGGAAGGCGUGGCUCUUUCCCUGGCUGGUGGGGAGCUGCGGGUCUGAGUGGUGGUGUCCAGAAUGUGGCCGGGCCCAUCUGGUGGGGGGGGCCUGUUGACGGGGGCGAGCGAUCGGGAAGGGGCUGGUGCAGAAACGCGCCUGUGCCCGGCUGCUUGGGCUCAGGUGGCGCGUGGCAGCGUCAGCGGGAUGUGCUGGUCUCUCGCUGGCCCCCCGGGAGGCCUGUCCUUGCACGCCGAGCGCUCCCCGCGUCGCCAGCCUUGUGUAAGCUGUUGCGGGGGCCAGAGUGGGAGCGGCAGCCCCGUCCCUUCCCCGGCACCUGUUGUCAGUGAGCAGAGGCGGUGUUUGGGUUGGGAGCUCCCGCAGCAUCCUGUGGCAGUUGGGAAAGCGGCUCACGGUCGGAACAGACUGUCUGGAGAAGCUCAGGAAAGGAUCUGAGCCGCGGCCAGGAGGUUUACGCAGGGAGCCCCGGCAACGACCCUCUGGGGCGUCCAGGACUGCCUAGGCAGCCUGGAGAGCGCGAGCGGGUGCCCCUGCGCCAGGCAGAAGGGCCUGUGGAGGCUGGAGCCCCUCUGCCUCGCCCCCUUCGCCCAUCGCACCGGAGCUUUUGGGCACGUGGAGCACCGUGCUGGGUGCGCAGGGUGUGCCCAUCUCGGGGUGUGCUCGAAGGGGCAGUUAGGGAGAAGGGGGAGCAUGCCGUUUGCUGCGGGGGAGCAGGCACAGGCCGCCCCUCUGCCCCCAUUCCACCCCCCCCCCACGCCUGCUGCCUCUACCCAUCAGUUUAAAAAAAAGAUUUAAGAAUGAAAUGCUGCUCCACAGCGGCCACCGGGCUCUGAGAGGGCCCAGUUUGGCUUGCAGACAACUCUAAUUUUAGUACUACUGAUUGAGCACCAAAGCAGAUACUGGUUUUGAGAAGCAGUCCAUCCCCUGCUGGAGGGUGGCAGGGCCGGAAAUGGCCCAGGCGUCCGGCACUGGCCCGUGCCUUGCCUGCCGCAGCCGGUGGGAGGUGCUUGCAGAGGGACGCGAGAUGGACGCUCCGUGCGGCAAGGGCUGUGGCCUGGUUGCGUUGUAGAUGUUCGGAGGACCAGGGCAGGGGAUGUCAGGUGACGCCUGAUGUGUGUCGAGGCGGUGAAUGUCAGAGCGGAUGCCGCUUGCCGUAAGAAGGAAAGCGUGGGAAAGGCGCUCUCCCUGGGCGACGUAGUUCCUGAGCGGGUGCAGGGGAGUAAGGCAGGUGCAAAACCGCUCCUGCCUCGCUGCGGGAAGACCACACCCCUUGCCCUGUGCCCGGCACAGCUGUUCCCGAGCCACAGCGGCUCGCCUCCUUCAGCCCCCCCCCCCCCGCUGCCGUCCUUUAAAAUGCAGCCACGUAAGCAAGUCUCUCAGCAGUGCCUAAAGGCCAGCCGUGGGGGUGACUUGUGGAACGGUCCGGGGUUGCUCCAAAAGGGGGGCGCCAGAGCCUAAAAGGCCCUUUUGCCCAGCAGUUGCCUGCCUCACCCCACUGCACCGUGAGACCCGGGGUGGGGAGGGGGUCUUUCCCCAGUUCUCUCUUCCCUUCCCUGCGCGAGCUGUCGGGUGUGCCCAUGAGGGCCUCGGUCAAGGGCCACACACACGGGUGGUGCCAUGUUGAUGCUCGCGCCCGCUCCUGGUUGCCCGUCGCUCUGGGAGAGCUCCCCAGCCAGGCCCUGUUACACAAUUCACGCCUGCCCUGAACUUUGGCAUACAGAACCCUGAGAUGAGGCGCUUUCAGUCUAGCAGGAAAGGGUUCUCCUCCUAUUUUUCUUGUAGAAGAAAUUUGCUCUGGCUCCAACCAGGGGUUGAGUAACUUUGCAUAAACAUUCUUUUAUUCAGGAAGGCGUUGUUCACUUGGAGGCCAAGAGUCCUUUGUCCACAGUGAGGAGGGAGCGUUAUCCCAUCAUUAGCUGUUCCCUGCAGACAGCGAUAUUACGUGCAAUUCAAUAUUGGUGGAAAUAAACACAGAAACAUUUUUGGAAGGGCGGCUGGGUUUUGUUUUGGGGGAAACAGGCACUCUGUUUUUUACAAGGCAGAGCACUCUGGCGCUCGGGCUUGCCUCAUUCAGGCUGCCUUCCUGAUGCAGCCGGCCUUUUCUGCGCUGGGCGCGUUGAAGGGUGCGGCUCGAGUGCGCGUGUGGUCGCGCCGAGGGUUUCUGCCCCCUAAGCCAGUCCUCAACCAAACCGGGCCGCUCCUGCGCCGCCUCUCAGACAGGGCACCCUCGGGCCUGCGCGGAGGGCGUGCUCACGUCUCCUCCACCCAGGCUCGGGAGGUGCGAACUUGGCCUCGCCAUGCAUCUUCCAGGGCCUGUGUGGAUGCCCUUUGGGAAGGAAGAGCUCGUGCUAGGAGCACCCUUGGAGCUGUUGUUGGGGGAAGCAGCUGUUCAAGGCACUGCUUGACCCAGAGCCGUGUUCUUGGUUUGCUGGAGCUCCGCCCUAGCAGCGUGUCCUUACAUAAAGGGCCUCCCACCCCCCCGAGGGCCUUCGUCCACCUGUCCCCCUGCCAGCAGUGAGCGUCAGUCAGCUGUCCCCCUGCCAGCCAGCCGGCCGGCUGGCCUCGGCACCGCCUCCCUCACGGACCGGCUGUCUGCAGGGGCUGGCCGCUCUUGGCUUAGGAGGGGUCCAGGAGAGGCUGCUUUUCCCUCGCUGUGCUGGAAGCGCAGCUCUUGCAGAACACUUUAUUAAAAACAAACAUGCAGCCUCCCUCUCUUCAGGAACGGAGCGGGCAGUGUUUUCUGAGAAGCCGAUUUCUCCAAGUCUGUACAGAAUACAAUCGCCUUUUGUUUUGUUUUGUUUGUGUGUGUGUGUGUGCAUGUGCAGCACGGUGGGGGAUUUUUUUCUUUGGAUGUUCCCUUUGCAGGCCGGAGUGAGUGUCACCGUCCCCCCGAGAAGGUUGACGGGGUUUUUUUCCAUCUUGGGCUGGACCUAGGCUUGGCCACCCUUAGAGUGGGUCCACUGAAGUCAGUGGCACAAAUUGGGCAUGUCGGAGGCCCCACUGGCUUCCUCGGGGAUGCGUGAGGCACGUUUCAGUCUGGAUCAAGCCUUCUGCCUUUUUGUCAGAAGAUAAAGUGCUUCCUUGUUGUUCAAGGGGGAUAUGGCAAUAUACAUAUAUUGCGAAGUCAGAGCAAGAAACCAUUUUCUCUUGUUUGUAUGCACUGUUUUUAGAGGUGGCGUGUUGUACCUGCUCUCUUGGCUGGGACUGAAGAUCCCCUACAGCCAGGACUCUGAAGGGGGCUGCCCUACAUCUUCUAAGGAAUAAAGCUUUAACUUUAAAAGGA